UUUUUGUUGCCUCCACCCACAUGGCUUUUUUAUUUACCUGAAUGGGUUUCGAACUCGCCAUCUUCGGAUCUCGGAGUCCAGUGCUUUACAAGUUUGUAGACAAGGAUUGUUGGUUCCUCUGAAUGAUUUACCAAGCCUAGGAUCGUUACAAGUAUGGCCAGUCUACUACGUCUCGCACUGGCAUCAAUAUUCGUCCACUCAAUUCUCUUUGUAUCAAUCUUUGACAUCUACUUCACUUCUCCAGUGGACCAAGGAAUGAUACCACAGUUCUACUCUAUGCCACCUCCUGCUAAACGCUUAGUACUCCUCGUAGCCGAUGGACUCCGUGCAGACACUGUGUACUCCCUUAACGAAGAUAAAACCACCCCUGCCCCUUUCAUUAGGAGGGUAAUUAAAGAGCAGGGGCGCUGGGGCGUGUCACACACCCGUGUACCCACUGAGUCACGACCUGGACAUGUUGCACUUAUUGCCGGCCUGUACGAAGACGUGAGCGCAGUUACAAAAGGAUGGCAAGAAAAUCCAGUGGAAUUUGACUCUGUUUUCAACCGCUCCACUCACACUUGGUCGUGGGGUAGCCCCGAUAUCCUCCCCAUGUUCUCUCAGGGGGCCAGUCGUGGUCGAGUGGACACCUUUAUGUACAAUGCUGAAUGGGAGGAUUUUGCUGAUUCAGAUGCUUCUAAAUUGGAUUCCUGGGUUUUCGAUAAAGUGCGUGAAAUGUUCACGAGAGCAAAAACUGAUAAAUCGUUGGCAACAAGUUUGUCACAAGAUAAAAUUGUGUUUUUUCUACAUUUGCUCGGAAUUGACACAAACGGACACGCACACAGACCCAGGUCGAAAGAAGUUAUGGACAAUUUAAAAUUUGUUGAUAGUAAUAUCGAAGAAAUCUCUAAAAUGAUUGACGAUUAUUAUGGUGAUGACAAAACUGUGUUUGUGUUCACGUCUGACCAUGGUAUGACAGACUGGGGGUCACAUGGAGCUGGUCUACCUGAGGAGACGAUGACGCCUCUUGUUGUCUGGGGGGCUGGUAUUAAAAGCCCUCGAGCUAACUCAUUCGCCGAGUAUGUGUAUCACGAUGGUUGGUCAGAGAGGUGGGGCUUGGACGAUGUGGAGAGAAUUGAUGUUGAACAAGCCGAUAUUGCAGUCCUAAUGUCUACACUAAUAGGAGCAGCUAUUCCAGUCAACUCAGAAGGUGUGAUUCCCACCGGAUAUUUGCAUUAUAAUAAGCAGUUUUCUGCUGAGACAAUUUUCGCCAAUUCACGACAACUUUGCGAACAGUUUCGAAUCAAAGAAGAACGUAUAAUAAGAACUUCGUUGCCGUACAUGUUCAGGGGGUUUCCGAAAAUCUCAAACCGUGAAAUGUCUGAAAAACAAGCGAAAAUUGACAGUUUGAUUAAAAACAAGCAACAUCAAAUGGCAAUUGAUUUAUCAAAGCGUCUAAUUGAUUUAACCACUGAAGGGAUCAGAUAUUAUUACACGUAUCAUCGCCUAGGACUAUAUAUGGUCAUAUCCAGUGCUUUCGUUGGUUGGAUGACCUGUAUUAUAUUGACUAUUCUCGAUAUCAGCUCAAGGACUAAACUAACUUUUACGCCUAGAAGCCCCACAAAGUAUCCAUAUUUCUCAAUUCUCCUUGCUUUAGUCACAGUGGUUCUACUUAUGUACCAGUCUUCGCCACUUCUGUACUAUCUUUAUUACCUCCUUCCGAUUGUGUGUUGGACAUAUGCAUGGCGACAACGAUCUGUUGUUCAUCAAUCAUGGAACAGUGCAAAGCUAAAACCUGCCGCAGUGUUUAAAAUAAUCGCUGCCGUUGUAUUUAUACUCGGUGGAUUAGAACUUCUGGUGCUGAGUUUCUUCUAUAGAGCUGUGUUGUCACUACUCCUCCUUGUCAUCGCCCUGUGGCCAUACUGUACGCAUUUGAAUUCAAAACAUUUCAAACUUUGUCUGUUGUGGAGUUGUGCUUGUGUCUCAGUUGCCGUGUUUCCACUUUUGCCCGUUGUUGGCAGAAAUGCUAAUUAUUAUCUCGUAGCUUUCGCCGGAAGUAUUGCCACAAUAUUCGUUUUCAUUUUAUUCCGUUUCCCCGAGAUCAAGUUCAAUCUCUGUUCACCAAUCAACAGAAUGCCUAAGGCACAUCAUCUGUUCAGUUUGCAAACUGUUUUACUGGCUGUUGCAUCGUUCAUGCCUCUCAUCACUAACUGGUAUUUCUCACAGAAAGAGUCUAUCCCAACAAUUAUAAAUAUGUUCAGCUGGUUUAAUUUACUGUUUGCGAUAGUAGCUCCAAACUUUGGCCCUAAGAGUUUAGUCGGUCGACUACUACACAUUGCUCUGACAUUCUUCACUGUAUUUAUUUUGCUAAGCACGACAUUUGAAGCAAUUUUCCUUCUAUUGCUCUCGUGUUUGUUGUACUUGUGGUUGUUAAUGGAAGAUUUACUUGCCUCAAAGGAAUGUAAAAGUUCAAUUUGGAAUUGUCUCGUUUCCCACACUUUUACAAAAGUAGUAACUCUUGUACCAGCCGAGAGAGAGCCUGUUAUAGAAGUGCUAUCUAUUGACGAUCUGCGGAGAGUGUAUUUUGCAAUAUUUUUCGGUAUACUAUCGUUUUUCGGACUUGGGAAUGUUGCAAGUAUAAACACGUUUGACCCGUCUACUGUGUAUUGUUUUCUAACUGUGUUUUCACCCUUCGUGAUGGGGGCUCUGAUCCUCUGGAAGAUGGUGAUACCAUUCAUCUUCGUUAGUUGUGUGUUCAACUCUGUACUGAGUGUUUUGAAUCGUUCUCUCCUCACCUGUCUGCUGAUCAUCUUAGUCAUGUCCGAUGUGAUGGGAUUGAAUUUUUUCUUUCUCGUCAAAGAUUUUGGGAGUUGGUUGGACAUUGGAGUCAGUAUUAGUCAUUAUGUGAUUAUUAUGGUCAUGAGUAUUGGUAUCGUUGUCCUGGUCGGCGUUGCUAGGUUACUAACAGGCGUGACUGUACUGCCUAGAAAGAACGAAGAUCAUCUUUGUUAGUACUUUAUUGCUAUUAUUGACUGCAUUUAGGCCCAAUGUCUCAUAUACUCAUUACCUGUUUCUCAGUAAAAUGCAAUUGUUUAAUUAAUUUGAUCAUGUGUGA